AUGGCCAAACGCAAGCGUUCCGAAGCCUCGCCAGCGCUCUCUGACACUCAAACGGCCUCCGACCGACUCUUCAAACGCCAGCAGAAGCAAAUCCUCGCCCGCCUUACCGCCGCGCAAAAGUCUCUUGUAGCAGCCCUCCGCCUCGGCGCAGGAUUCGAGCGCCAAAAGCACAGUCGCCGCAAGAAGACAGCAUCUCAAAAGAGAGACACAAAAGCGCUGUCGCGUAUCGACGAUGAAUACAGGGUGCUGAAGGCGCUGGAUCUGGAAAAAGUUGCCGAGCAGCAUGUGAGGAGGACGAUUGCCAAAGUGAAGAGCUUGAAGGAUCAUGAGGCACUGCCGGAGAGCGUGAAAGAGAUUGAAAAAGGAGAUAACAAUGCUGCGCGGCUGAAUGUGCUGGCGAGGUUGUAUAAGGUGGUUGCGGUGAAGAAGGAGGUAGAUGCUCUGAUCGACGACCUGAAGGAAAUCGUUGGUAGUGAAGCGAGUGCCAUGAAGACUGAAGGUGUUGGGAAAGCGCAAGUUAGAGAGAAGGAGAAGAAGCGGAAGGUUGGGGAGAAGGCGGAUGUCGAUAUGUUGGAUAUCAGCGACGAGGACGGUGUUGCAGCCAAACUAUUCAGCGCGCGGAUAGCAGCGCCAUCUUCUGGAGACGAGAGCGACGGAGACUUGUCUGAUGACGAGCGGCCACCCAGUAUAGGCGACAGUGACAGCGAGCACGAUCCAGACGCUGACCUCGAAGUUGCGAGCGACUCUUCUGAAGCUGAAUCUUUCGAUGGCUUCAGCAACUCAAACUCAGACAUACCCGCAAACCGUUCGAUAGCACCUCCCUCCGACCUCUCGGGCUCCGAAUCUGCCCCCGAAUCUGAAACGUCCGUCUCCAUAACCACCGAAAGAAACCCCAAAAUCCCCAAAAUCGCAUCCAAACCUACAGCCUCCGAGUUUCUUCCUGCUCUUAAUCACGCCGCCUACUUUUCGGGCGACGAGUCCGCUUCCUCGCUCGACGAAAAACCGCGCAAGAAUCGUCGCGGUCAGCGCGCGCGUCAGAAAAUCGCCGAGGCAAAAUACGGCAAAGCAGCCAAACAUGUGGAGAAGAACGAGCGCAAGCAAGGCUGGGAUGCCAAGCGGGGCGCUGUCAGCAACGAAGCAGCACGAGGUAGCAACAGGAAGGACAGGAGGGCGGCGGAGAAGGGUCUUAAGGCCAAGGGCGGUAGGGGACCGAUAAUCAGUGGAGAGAAUGCGGCGCCACUGGGCCAGAAGCGAACGGCAGCUGCACCGAAGAAGGACGAUCUGGGGACGCUGCACCCGUCGUGGGCGGCGGCGAAGGCGGCAAAGGAGAGCAAGAAAUUGAAGAUUGAUCUCGGGGGUGUGAAGGGCGCGAGUAAGAAGAUCACGUUUGACUGA